AUGAAUAAUAGAACACCACCAUCGUCCUAUGGAUAUAAUCUCGUUGAGGCAGCUCGGCAACCCCUUGUCUAUAGUUUUUCUUUCGCGGCAAUACUGAUAGUAACGACAAGUAUAUUAAAUUUUAAUGUACUUUAUCGACGAGUUCUUCGGUCAUCUGCAUGCGCUUAUUAUUUUAUGGCUGCUAUUCCACCUAUCUUAAUAUACGUGUUGGUUUCGCCUAUUAAUUUGAUACUUCAAUAUGGUUUUCAGUUCAUUAUUCAGGACAGCCCGAUUAUGUGCAGAGUAAUUCCGUUUUUCAUCUAUACAGCACCGUUAUGGUACGGGUUAAUGUUAGUAUGUGCAUCUAUUGAUCGAUUCUUUUCCAGUUCUGAAUCUAUUCGUUUACGUCGUUUGAGCCAAGUGUAUGUUGCGCGAAGAAUUAUUCUUAUCGUAUGGAUUAUAUCUACCAUCUAUAUGUGUCCUUUUCUAAUCAUAUAUUACUAUGAUUCUGGCGAUCCUGGAAAUCGAAGAUGUUUACAGUAUUCAACAACAUUGGUGGCGGCUUAUCUGAUGAGUCGAGUGAUUCUUUAUUACAUUCUGAUACCGAUUAUGUUGAGCAUAUUUGGCGUAUGGACAAUUUAUAAUAUUCGAAGUCAGAAACACCGUGUAGCACCGAUAAUUCAAGCUAGUUCUCAUCGUCGUACCGAAGGACAAUUAGCUCGAAUGAUGAUUAUACAAGUUGGCGUGUAUCUCCUGUUUUUUACUCCAUCUGCGAUAACUUAUAUUAUAGUCACAUUGAUUCCGUCAAUGAGUACUCCUUAUUAUAUAACGAUCCGAAGUAUAACAGUUGUUUGGCAACAAGGCGGGUUUUUCAUUUCAUUUUUCUUAUACGUUUUUACAGGAAAAAUCUAUCGGACAGAACUGAAGAAAAUGAUUCAAUGUAGAUAG